AUGGGGAGCGGUGGGGCGGGGCGGGUGGUGCAGAGGGGGGCGGGGAGUGGGGGACGGGGGGGGGGAUGGGGGAGGUCGCGGGGUUUGCGGCUGGGGAUUGAAUACGGGGGGGGGGGGGGGGGGGGCGGGGGGGGGGAGGUCGAGUAUGAGGGGGGGUGGGGGUGGGGGGGGAAGGCUGGGAGGGCGGGGGGGGAGGGUCGGCGAGGUGGUUGGGAGGAGCUGUUGGGCGGGGGGGAGGAGCGGGACAGGAGCGGACGGCGGAAGGAGGAGGGUGGGGGGAGGGUGGGGAAGGGGGGGGGGGCCGGGCGCGCAGUCGGGACGGUAGGGGGGUGGGAGGGGGGGGGGGGGAGGGCGGGAGGAGCGGGGGGGCGGAGGAGAGGGAGGCGGGACGGGGUGGAGGGGGGGGGGCAGGGUGGGGGGUGCGGGGGCGAGUGGGGGCGGGGUGGGGUCGGGGGGGGGGAGGGGAAGGGCAGGGGGGCGGUUGGGUGGGGGGGAGGAGGGACGAGGUGUAGGGGCGAGGGGGGGGGGUGGGUGGGGGGGCGGAGGAGGGGGCGCGGGUGGGGGGGAGGGAGUGGGGGGUGCGAAGAGAGCAAGGGGAGGGGGGGGGGGGGGGAAUGGGGGGGAGAGAGUGGGGGGUCCGGGGAGCCCCGGGGGGGGGGGGCGACUGUAUAG